CCGAGUGUGAGUUGUCAGUUCAAAGGCCGUUGCCUUUAGUUCCUGCUCCUCUUGGUGUCCCUUAUGAGCGGCGGCGAUGCGGUCAUUGGUGGGCUUCUUGCUGGUCCUGGCAGCAGCCACGUCGGGCCUUUAUUUGCUAACUGCCUGGUUGCCUGGAGGGCCGCGCGGGGGAAGCGGGUCAUUAAAAUUCCCCUCAGAUCUAGAGGAACUACAAGAACUUGCAGAGUUUCUACAGUACUACAAUAAAGAGCACCAUGCAUACGUGAUUCUGCUUUUCUGUAGUGCUUACCUGUACAAACAAACCUUUGCCAUACCAGGCUCUAGCUUUCUGAACAUCCUUGCUGGGGCUCUCUUUGGACCAUGGAUAGGACUUCUGUUAUGUUCUACUCUGACUUCUGUGGGUGCUACUUGUUGUUAUGGACUAUCCAGAAUUUUUGGGAAAAACUUUGUUAUGUACUAUUUUCCUGAUAAAGUCACCAUGCUUCAGAGGAAGGUAGAAGAAAAUAGACAUUCCUUGUUCUUCUUCUUGUUAUUUCUGAGACUGCUCCCCAUGACUCCAAACUGGUUUCUGAAUCUUGCAUCUCCAGUCUUGAACAUCCAUGUAACUCAGUUUUUCUUCUCUGUUCUCAUAGGAUUGACUCCCUAUAAUUUUAUCUGUGUCCAGACAGGCUCAGUACUUUCACAGAUAUCUUCCUUGGAUAACAUUUUAUCCUGGAGUAACUUAUUCAAGAUGUUGGCUAUAGCCACGAUGGCAUUAAUCCCUGGGACUCUUAUUAAGAAAUUCAGUCAGAAACGUCUCAGUUUAGACAAAAGUGAACAGAAAAUUUACCUGCUGAAUGGAAGAAAAUACAACUGAAUAGACUAUCCCUAAAUGUGGAAUUCUAUUUAAGGGAGAAUUGGAAAAUAGGUAUUUUGAAUCAGCAGUUCUGUUGUCAUUGAACUUUGGACUUCUUAUUGCUGUUUUAGGCAUCUUCUUUUGCUAAUGUAUAAAGAUGAGUCUUUUAAAAUACUGUUUUUUAAAAAGAGCUGAAACUAGUGUGUCCCAUUUUAUAAAAUUACUGGUGAUCCAGUUCAUCCAGAAGUCAGAAUUUGAGGGACCAAAUGGACCUGCAUCUAUUGAUUUGAGGAAAUCUAAAUCCUAGCAUCACUGAGGAAGCCUGAAAUUGCUUGCCAGAUGAACAGCAUUUGUUUUGCACAUGAAGCAGUUACAGUGUUGUAUUUGGGCCAGAUAUUGAUUUAUUUAAAUAAUGCCAAUGAUGAAUUGUGUUUCCUCCCAAUGUGAGGAAUGCAGUGAAGUUUUGUAUUAUUUCCUUUCACCAGUUGAAACAUCACAGAGAAGAAAAAUGAUAUAGAGGGAGCUACAGUCACGCAGGAAUGGCUUGCCUCUUAUCUUUCUGAGCAUUAAAUUUUUUAAUAAGUAUUUUAUGAUUUCUUGUAUAAGGUAACAUGAAAUGUCUGCGGGGUAUAGAAGACUUCAGAUUAAGUCUGAGGAAAUUUUCAUUCUAGCAGUAUGGAAAAUUGCAUUUUUCAUUUUUCAAAGUAAAAUUAUAUUAAGCAAAAAAUAUACUUUGAAUAUAAUAAUUGAAAUUGUUAUAUUGUUUACUCAGUCCAGUUUUCAUAGUUGUGAAAAUCCUCUUAUAAUAUGGCACUUGUUCUUAAUCCAAGUGUUAGUUAAUGCCAUUUUCCCCUGAAUUUCCUAUUUGAAAAUGGCCUUGGUCUUGCUUGUCUCUGCAUCAAGCUGCAGCUUCUUCAGAAUUCAGGAAAGAGCCUUGUUUGGUCCUUUUUAUACUACAACAAAGAAAUGGAUAGAAGACAAGGUGUUAAUGAAAGUAUUAAGGGGUUGUUGUUUUUUUGCCUGAUGUCUGCAGUGAUGCAAGUUUGCCAUUUUAGAAAUCAACGCAAGCAGAAAGUUCAGUAUCAAUUACUGGACUUUCUGUGAAUAUUUCCCUAAUUUAUUUGAGGUGGUCUUUGCUAUACUCUAAACCAGAAGUGGGGAACAAUGGCCCUUUUAUGACUUAUGGACUUCAACUCCCACAACUUUAUAACUUGUACUUCCUUGGCUGGCUCAGGAAUUCUGGGAGUUGAAGUCCACAAGUUAUAAAGGGGCCAUUGUUCCCCACAUCUGCUCCAAAAAAAGGUCACAUUGUAUUAAAUGUAUCAGUCUUAGCAAACUUCUUAGGAUGGUUGCUGUUGAUUCUUUGUACAUGUGGUAUGCCAAGAAAACAGUAAUAAAAGCUGAUCUGAAGAAUA